CGCGAUCGCCUCGCACUUUGUUCUCCUGCCAGGAAACACAACCUCGCCCGUCUUUCUCUCUCUCUCCCCUCCAUGGAACUCCCCGCACUGGCUCGGAACUUCUCCUGAGCGCUGCUGGACGUCUUUUCCCGCGACAUGCUCGUCGUGCGUCGGCAGAGGACGACGACGAUGAUGAUGAUGAGGACGGCGGCGGUGAUGAUGAUGAUGCUGCUGCUGGCCGGACUUCUUCUCCUAGAUGUGCGGUGCGCGGCCGAGGAGGGCGCGCGGCGUGCGGGCGGCUCGCGGCCGGACUGCGUGCGGGCCAGCGAGCAGUGCCUGCAGGAGCCCGCCUGCAGCUCCAGGUACCGCACCAUCAGGCAGUGCGUGUCCGGCAAGCACGGCAACUUCAGCCAAGUCGGCCGCAUGGACGCGCAGGACGAGUGCCGGAGCGCCGUGGACGCGCUCAAGCAAAGUCCUUUGUACCGAUGUCGCUGCAAGAGGAGCAUGAAGAAGGAGAAGAACUGCCUGCGCGUCUACUGGGGAAUCUACAACUCCUUGCAAGGUAAUGACUUCUUGGAGGAUUCUCCCUACGAGCCCGGUAACAGUCGCUUGUCUGACAUCUUCCGCCUGGCGCCCAUCCUAGGUGAGCCGGCGCUGGCCCGGGAGAACAACUGUCUGAACGCGGCCAAAGCCUGCAACCUGAACGACACGUGCAAGAAGUACCGCUCGGCCUACAUCAGCCCGUGUACCAGCAGGGUGUCCACGGCCGAGGUCUGCAACAAGAGGAAGUGUCACAAGGCCCUCAGACACUUCUUUGACAAGGUGCCCGCCAAGCACAGCUACGGCAUGCUGUUCUGCUCGUGUCCAGCAGGCGACCAGACGGCGUGCUCAGAGCGGCGCAGACAGACCAUCGUGCCCGCCUGCUCCUACGAGGACAAGCACAGAGCAAACUGCUUGGAGCUGCAAGACAACUGCAGGACUAACUACAUCUGCAGAUCACGUCUGGCUGACUUCUUCGCCAACUGCCAGCCUGAACCACGAUCACUUUCGGGCUGUCUGAGGGAGAACUAUGCAGACUGUCUGUUGGCCUACUCGGGUCUGAUUGGCACGGUGAUGACUCCAAACUUUGUGCGUUCAGCCAAGAUCAGCGUUUCUCCUUACUGCGACUGCAGCAAGAGCGGCAACAACAAGGAGGACUGUGACAAGCUCACCACCUUCUUCACCGACAACACGUGUCUCCGUAAUGCCAUCCAGGCUUUCGGGAAUGGGACAGAUAUCGGGGUGCGGCCACCCGUGUCACCUGCCCAGACCACCAGUGCCAUCACGUCGCCGUACCAACGCAACCGCCAACGCAACAACAUCGACAAUCACAUCAACACAGACACUGGAAUAUACCACUUCUGUGGAAGUUUACAGGCUCAGAAAUUAAAAUCCAACUCGACGACUGACAGCAUCUUCUGUGUGGACCCUCAGAUCGACGGUCCGAGCGUGUCCAACUCCAUCGCGGGGAACUCUGCCGCCUCCAGACGAGACGGCGCUCUGCUGCCCGCUCUGCUGCCCCCUGUGGUGUGGCUGUGGACUCACUGACGCGUUGCCAUGGCGACGUCAGGUGUUACACUUCCCCCUCUUGUUUUUCUUCCUCAUUAAACCUCGUCAAGUACACCUUGAGUUUGUGCAUCCACGCAAAAUAAAGAUCCAGUCAGGAUUAGGCACGCCCACAUUUGCGCCGGUGAGGAUUAGACACGCCCACAUUUGCUCUGGUGAAGAUUAGACACGCCCACAUUCAACCUUGUCAGGAUUGGACACGCCCACAUUCAUUC